GGUUAUGUUAAAAUCAAUUUAACCUCUUGUUUUGCUUUUAAUUUAACUAAUUAAGAGACUAGUCGAAAUGGUGACUUUGCAAUAUUCCGAACCCCUCACGGCCCCCAAGAAGCCCCCUUUAGUCAAUGUCCACAACUGCAAAGUUUGCCCAUACGUUACAACAUCGUUUUUUCUGAUGAUGAACCACAAACGCCGCCAUCAGUCGCCUUUGCUACCUUUUAACUGUAAAAACACCUUUGAUUCUUACCAUUGCAAAGACUGUGAUUUUCAAACUGAACUCACGUUGCUUUUCAAGCAACACAUUAAAGAACAUCACGGAAUUAAACACGAAAACGACGAUUUAAUUCUACAAUACAAUAAUCAAAAGUACGUUUGUCGAAAGUGCGGAUUUGAGACGUAUUUUUCGCUUAAAUGGUUGCUUCACAUGAGAGAGUGUCCACAAAUUAAAGUACAACCAAAUUCAAAACAGCAUUUGGUUGAGGACCAAAUCAAAAGGCACAUUAAAACACGGCAUCUGGACGACCUUGACGCGAAAUUGUACGAAUGCCAACAAUGUCCAUACAAGACUAGAGACUGUUCUAAUUUAAGAAGGCACGUGAAAAGCCAUCAUUUGAAUGCCAAAAGUAUCACAUGGUAUAAGUGCACAGAGUGUUCAUUUAAAACAAAGCACGAGGGGGUUUUCCAGAAACACGUGAAAGCGCGACAUUCCAACCAACACGGCGACAUUAAAUGGUACAACUGUGAAAAAUGCCAAUACAAAACUGAAUACCGCCAAUCUAUACAUAUAAAAUUGUUUGUCCUGACUGACUGAUUCAUCAACGCAGAGCCUAAACUACUGAAGCUAGAAACA